UUUAAUGAGAAAAGAAAAAAGUAUUUAAAUAAAAUUAAUACUUAAAAAGGAAACUUGUUUCCAUAAAUCGUACAUCAAACUAUGAAUGUAUGUGAAGAAUAUCUUAACAUUACAAUAGAUGAAGAUAAAAUUAUCGAUGGUGCAAGAGAUGUUAUAAAGAGGAUUAGACCAUCCUGGCCUAUACAAGAAUUGAAUUUCAAGCCAUUUACCGAUGGAAAAACAAAUAAAUUGGUAGGAGUUUGGUAUGCAGGGCAUUAUACAGAUAUGGUCCUGAUUCGAAUUUAUGGUAAUAAUUCGGAUUUACUGAUUGAUAGAAAAGAUGAAUUAAAAAAUAUUCGGAUAUUGAACAAGGCUGGCUAUACUCAUUGCAUUUAUGCUACAUUUAAUAAUGGAUUUGCCUAUCAAUUCUUGGAAGGUGAAACUCUAACUUUAGAAACAAUUAGGGACCCGAAAGUGUAUCCAUUAAUUGCAAGACGUAUGGCUGAUAUGCAUAGUCUUGAGCCUGAAACUGGACCUGAGUCGAAGAAAGCUUUUAUUUGGGAAAAAACAAAGAAAUUUAUGCAAAUUAUGCCCAAAAAGUUUUCAGAUCCUCUCAAGCAAGAAAAGUUUGAAAUGUUGAUUUUACCAUAUGCAGAAUUAGAAAAGGAAUAUUAUUUAUUGGAGAAAACACUUUCAAAAGUGAAUAGUCCUGUAGUAUACGCUCACAAUGAUCUUUUAUUAGGAAAUGUACUGUACAAUCAGGAACAGGAGAAUGUUGUUUUCAUCGAUUAUGAAUAUACCGCAUUCAACUAUCAAGCAUUUGAUAUAACUAAUCACUUUGCGGAAUUUGCUGGUAUUGAUGAGCCAGAUUAUUCUUUAUAUCCAAAUGAAAAUUUUCAAACAUGGUUGAAAGAAUAUCUUCAAAGGUAUAAUGUGACUAGUAAUGUGUCUGAGAAAGAAAUUAAUAAAUUGUACUGGCAAGUUACUAAAUUUGCUCCCUUGCCACAUUUCUUUUGGGGCUGUUGGGCUCUCAUCCAAAGUGAGCAUUCACAUAUUGAUUUUGAUUUUUUGGAAUAUGCUGCAAUACGUUUUAAUGAGUAUUUCAAGUUAAAGGAAGAAACCUCUAAAUUGAAAAUGGAAUAUGACAAUUAAAAAUAACAUUUUUUAAAACACAUUCCAGCAUAGAAGCAUUUUUUAAUACUCUCUCUAAAUACACAUUAGAGCUUAGAUUUGACAUUCUACUGACACAAAUAUUGUGUAAAUAUGAAUGAUAUAUUGUAUAUAUAUUGUGUAU